CGAGAUGUGGAUUGCUAGAGAUGUCCCAAAUGCUGUGGAACAAGACGGUGUCAGGAGGCAUGACGAAAAUAGGCAAACUGGAUCCGAUGAGGGUGCCGUUAAUCAAGAUUGAUCAAUCCGAGGGCGAUGCUAAUUACAGAGUGAUUCUGAAGAACUUGGAGAUUAUCGGUCUUAACGGAUCGGUCUUGGAAAGCGUCCAUGUCGCUCGUGGUGGAUUAAAGUCCAAUCUGAGUGAAACGGAAGCCGGGUACGUAAGCUACAGCGAUUUCAGAGAUGUGGAUUCUAUCAGAUAUAGAUUCCACACUGUGACAAGGGAACCCAGUGUGCCUAAAGAAAGUUUUCAAGCCAUCAUUUCGCCCACGAAUCAAGCUGCUGAUAUAAAAUCUUUUUUGCGAUAUCAAGAUGCUCGUUUUGAUCGAUUGCAAGAUCAACAUGGCAUCAGAAUGUUCGAGCAAAAUCGGCAAUAUGAUCGCCAGAUUCCUUUGCGUCCUGAUAUCAUAUCUGAUGGGUCUUAUAGAGGCAAUUUGAGAUUAUCAAACAAUUUUGAGACAAAUUCUGGAAACGCCGAAAGUUUUAAGCGGCCGGCCUAUAUUCAGCCUAUUUAUAUACAAAACACGAAAGGCGUUCAAGAAUAUCAUAGAAGUCCACAGAAUAAUAAAGAUACCAUUGAUUGCGAUAAUACAAAGACUUCCCAGUUUAGAGGACACCAAGAUAGUCGAUAUAAUCAACAAAAUCUUAAUGCCGAAUAUAACGGAGAACGAAUUGGGGAUGCUGAGGUUUUUGCAUCAGAAAUAGUCGAGAUUAGCUUGAAAGAUCAAGAUACAAGACCGCCUGUAUCGUUUAAUAGAGAACAAUCUCAACGAUUAGACAUUGCAUCUUCUAGCAAAAUUAAAUCGUCAAGAAAUGUAACAAAAGAGCAAUCCAAUUACAUCGACAUUAUUUAUGCAGAUGAUAAAACCAAUGGUAGUGUAAAACGUUUCGGGAAUCUGCAUACCGAUUCUCAAGGAAAUCGGCGAGUAUAUGGCAUUGAAAACGUCAUGAAGAAUAUUCGGGAAAAUAUAAAAUUCAUUAUCUACAAUUUUACGGAAGGUGAAGCUUUAAGAAAGAGGAACGACAUAGUUAAAGCUGUGAUAGAAGCCAAAAGAUUGAAGGAUCUAAUCAGAUAUGCGAAAGACUAUCAAGAACAACAAGGGUACUUCGAGGAAGGCAUGCAGCUGAUCUAUCAUUAUGGUGGAAUGAAUGUAAAAAAUAAUAGCGUCUCUCAAAACUUAAGUGAUACCAAAAGAACAAAACGAGCUCAUUCUGAAUUGACAUCUGAUGAAGACAAUGUGAUGCAUGUGAUUUUGAGAAUACGCGUCCCGCUGCUUCGAGUAAAGUCUCAAUACACGCUUAUGGGAAAAGUGGGAAAGGAGAUGUUACAUGGGAACGGUCUAUUUGUUGGGAAUUUUACCGAUGUAGUGGGCGACUUUACACUGGAAUUGAAGAAAGUUAAUGAAGACUUGAUAAUAGUUCGUGGUGCUAGAGCGAAGCUAUCUGCGAAAGAUAAGAAAAUCAAUCUUCAAGGUAUGGACGAGAAAGGAUCAGUGCAAGCCAUUCUCAGUCAUGGUUUAAUAGCUGCAGAGGCAGUCGCCGCAAUGCUCGCUGAUGACUUUGCCACCAAGGGACUUAGUGAGAGAACGGCCGACGCGCUGGUCUACAGAAUGUACAAGGAUUUACCAGUCAAUUAAGCUGUCUGUUCGGUCGCUCGAGGUGAUCGAGGAUUUUAUGUUGCUAAUUUUUAUUUUAUGUAUACUUAUU